GUUUAGACGUCAGCUGGUCUGGUUUGAAGCUGCUUGGAGUGUCUCUGGUUUCCGACUGCUCACAACUUCUUUUAAAACCAAUCAUGCGAAGCACUGACUCUGCACGACUAUCUGCUUGAUGCGUAUGGAAUGCGAUACAGGAUGUCUUUUUCGUGGCCAAAGCGGAAAAAGUGCAUUUCCCAUACUGUUCACGGUUGUCAGUUAAGGAUGAAAAGACCGAAUCAAUGUGCGGCAAUUUGAAAUAUUAUUUCAUAUGUAGCUGACGAUUGUUAAAUAUUUCGACAAUGGUGUAAGAUAUUGAACAAUGUCUGCUGCCUUCAUGACAAUACAAGGCUAUGUAUGUCAACUGCUAUUAUUUUUCUUCGCAUACCAAGUAAAAACUCAAACUAUCAAUGCUGUUGACUGUGAUCGUUUUUUUCAUACAAUCACGUGGAAUUUUAACGACAGCGAUGUCAGAAAGUUGAAGAUGGAACUACAUCACCCCUUCUUGUCAUCUCAUAUAGGAGUAGUACCUAAUACAACAUACACAGUGAAAAUUGAAAUUCCAAAUUUUGAAGAAAGUUCGCAAGUUUUCGUAACUAGUUUGCCCUCUGGUAUAUUCACAGUUAACUUAAACACAUCAGUGCCUUGUGAUGAAUCUAACAGUUCUCUUUUAACUAAUAUUAUCGAAAAAUAUGUUAUGUUUACCUGGAAAUCUCCAGCAGAAAGAAUAAUCAACGACACUCUAGAUUUUAUGGUGGUGUAUGCGGAGAAAUCGAGCCAUUUGGUUGUAGCCACUGCGAGUACGUCCUGGAUAAAAGGUUGUUUUUAUAAAGUAACUGCAAAUUAUGGGAAAUUGAAUUCCGAAGAUUUUCGAGAAACUGGCAACCGUUGUACAGAGACCAGCAUAUUGUUGCAAUCCCAAUCUAAAUCAACAAUUGUUCUUCAGUUUCAGGAAAUUCAUCUUUCCGACCAUUCCUCUAUUGCUAUUGAUACAGAAUCUCAAGGUACAGGAAAAUAUUUUACGCCAAAAAAUAUCGAUUUACCUCAUCGACGUUUCAUCUCUCACGGUCCGUAUUUAAUGAUCAGAAUUAAUAAUUGUGAAGAAGGAUGUAGUUUCAGUGCAAUCUUCAAUAACCAAUUCAUUUAUUGUAAUAGAACAUAUGAGAAUAGUAAAGGUGUGAUUACCAGUCCAGAUUAUCCUGGUUAUUAUAUACCUAAUCAAUAUUGUAGCGAUAGAAUUGUAACACCCUCCAAUUCUAAGAUAGUACUAACUAUUGAAGAAUUAUAUUUUCGAAAUUUGAACAACUGUGAUAAGGAUUAUGUACAGAUAUCACCUGUAUAUAGAACAGGACAGAUGACUAUAUGUCAUAAUGUCAAUAGAAUAAAUUAUCUAUCUUCAAGUAAUAUUUUAAACAUUAAUUAUCACGUUACAACUACUGUAAUGAGGUAUCGUUUCUCUUACAAGCAAAUGAGUCCAUGUAUCAAUACCACAAUCAGUAAUUCUACAGGUGAUGUAUGCACAAGUGGUUACUAUGUCGAUCGUAAUUGCAAGUACACUUUUCACGUGCCUUUAGGAUACGAAUUGGAAGUGCAAUUCACUAGGAUAGUAACUUCAAGCUCACAUAAAUCUACGUUUUGUGAUCAAGAUUACGUAAUACUAAAAUCGAGUAAUAGUGUUUUAGCAACUCUAUGUGGUAAUUGGACGGGAAGCGAUGAAUAUCCAAGUUAUCGUUCCAUAGGUAAUAAUUUCGAAUUAAUCAUGUCCAUACAAACUCCAUUAUAUGCAGACUACUUGGGAGGUAUCUGCAUAAAUUAUCGUGCCGUGAUAGUGAAUGCUAAUUAUACAUCCUGUGAGUAUGGUUGGAUCUCUGGAGAAAGAUAUUGUUAUCGUCUUUCGGAUAAGCCUUUAUCGUGGAUAGAAGCAGAUUUAUGGUGUCAAGAAAGAGAUGGACAUUUGGCUAGUGUAACUGGAGAGGAUAUUAGUCGAUUAAUCGAAGAAAUUAUUAAAUCUAGUUGUAAUAAUGCCGAUUCCUGUAUUUGCCAAUACGAUUUUCUUCAAUUAGAAGAUGGAGAUGAUUUCAAAAGACGGUAUUGUGGAGAUUGGAGGCGAAGAAUAAAAUUACUACGACACGUCAGUAUUACAAAUUCAGUUCGUUUGAUUUUUGUGGCCGAUUUCUCUCAUAGUUAUACGGGAUUUAGAAUAGAAGUAUUUUUAUUUUCAAAAAAAACAGAAGUAAGUUGGUCGACUGCUUAUAGAAUCUGUGCAGAAUCUCAGACGUAUUUGACAACCAUCGAAGGAUUGGAAGAGGAAAAAUUUUUAUAUUCAUUAAUCAAAUCUACAGAAUCUUACACGUCUGGUGCUAUUUAUUGGUUAGGAGCAAAGUGGCAAAGUAGUGAGAAAGCGUGGCAAUGGGUAGACGGAAAAUUUAUUGUUUCUACUGACGAUAGAAUAAUUAAUCGACCCGAGAUGUAUACCGGAACUUCUUUAUGUUUAGCGGUUCAGUGGAGAGGACAAAAUAAUGUAAGCGGUCUGUUUUGGACAGCCAAGGAUUGCAACAAUGCUGGAAGAUACAUAUGCAAGAAACCAGCCAUAGUCUUGCCAGAAAAUCUUAACCAAACAUUGACGGCUCUAUCGGGCACGUUAACUUCAUUUAACUAUCCAUCUAAUUACGUCAAUGAUCUGCAUUACGUUGUUACAAUUAAAGGUCCAGAACAGUCCAGAAUAUGGUUCCGUUUCCAACAUGUUGACAUUGAAUGGCAAGAACAAUGUCUGUAUGAUUAUGUGGCUUUACAGAAUUCUCCAAACGGUCCAGAAACGAGAGUUUGUGGUCAAGAAGACGAUCGAUUAGACAGAUAUGAUUUCUUUUCGGAUAAAAAUACAUUAUAUGUCACCUUCCACUCUGAUUAUUCUUUAACAUCGAACGGUUUUGUGGCAACUUGGGAAGUGAUAGAUAUAUCAUCCUGCGAUGAUAGAUAUAUCAAUGUAAGUGAUUUCGGCAUUUUAACCAGUAUCGGCUAUCCUGGGCCUUAUCUACCUGGUAUGGACUGCAUAACUACAUUAAUAACAUCAACAGAGGACCUGUUACUCCUUUCCUUCAUGUCAUUUGACGUUGGAAAAUCCGGAAAUUGUACUACCGAUUAUCUACGUAUUAAUUUAGACAACACUGAAAAUUACUUUAUGACAAUGUGUGGUAAUGAAAGCAAUUAUCCUUCCGGAUAUGCAAUUCUCUCUUAUGAUAAUGUUCUACGAUUGAAUUUUCACAGCGACAAAGGAAGUCGUUUCGGAUAUACUGGAUAUAAUGUCACUUAUCAAGUUUUAAAGAGAGAUUCUUCUGUACAGUCGAUUCUAACGCUUCCUAUAGAUAGCGAGGGGAUUAUUGCAAGUCUAAAUUAUCCUUUGCCUUCUCCAAUUGGAAUAAAUUACACUCAGAGAAUUGUAGCUCCAAUUGGAUAUAAUAUUCAAUUAAAAUUGCUAAGUAACCAAACGUUAGUGGGUGACUGUAGCCGGGGUGAGGUGAGAUUGGAAGAUGCGUAUACAGAAAAUGUGACAUCGGUUUCUUUAUGUCAAACAGAAAAUAAGAAUGGAAAAGUUAAGUUCCUGUCCACCCUCAACAGUAUGUUUAUAUUGUCGUCAACUACACCCCAGUUUUAUGCACCAUUUUACAUCAUAAAGUUUAAGACAUUUAUAGAUACACAAUUUGUUAGUAAAACUUUAUUCUUUCCUUCAUCAUAUGUGGACGCUUGUAUUCCUAAUCCUUGUCAGCAUGAAGGAAUAUGUGUAACAAACGAAGAUUUUACAUCUUAUUGUAAUUGUCAAGGACAAUUUACAGGAUUGUUUUGUCAUAUUCAAUGGUGUGAUCUUCAACCAUGUGGAGAACACGGCUAUUGUAAUCUGACUGAAAGUAGUUACAUAUGUGAAUGCGAACCUAAGUUUACAGGAGAACAUUGUACAGAACCAGUAGCUCCUUGUAAUCCUAAUCCUUGCCAAAAUGGAGAAUGCCUCAUACAGACCAAUGGAAGUUUUGUGUGCCACUGUAAUGUCUGGUACGAAGGUCAGCACUAAUAACUGAGUUCUUAUUGUAGGGAU